AUGUCGAUAUUUUCAUUAUUACCAGACAUACUGCCCAUGAUAAUGCCGUCAGCAAUAACGGUGGUCAAGGCGACGGAUCUUGAAACCCAGAGGGAGAAAUCCAAGGACUCCCCCAUGAUCAGGCAAGGUGCCAUCAUCGGCAAAAGCGAUAGGAUGUGUGCCACAGGUAAAUGCGCCGCUGAUCUCACGACCAUGUACCCUGCGUGUUCUCCACAGAACGCUCCGCUGAUGUCGGCCUGUAGUGAUGCGGGCGAAGCCGCAUUGUUCGUCGGCAAAACUAUCAUAUACGCGGCCUCCGGCAAGGGCAUCUUGGUGACUAAUAAGGGCGACCAGUUGAAGCGCCACGAGCUAUCAGCCGGCGACUUCGUCUUUGUCCCGCCGUGGACCGAACAUCAGGAGCUUAAUGAGACCGACGAAGAGGUCGUAUGGAUUCUCAUACGGAGUGGCCCCGAGCCGGUAGUCGUGUACUUGACAGGGUGGGAUGGUGAUAGAGUGAAAGCAGAUACAGACUGA